CCAGCCGCUCUCAGGGCCACCAGGGGAGGUAGGGGUGUGGCCAGAGAGGGUGAAAUCUAGUUCCUGGAGACUUUACUUCUCCUUUCACUCUCAGAUGCUGCCGGCGUCCCCAAAGAGGGAAGACACGAGGAAACAGGGGAGGUGCAGCAAGCCCAGAGACCAGCUCCAAAGGGCUCAGGAGUGAACAAGCAGCGGCUCAGAGAUGAACUCUUCCCUGCCCAGGACGCCCCCGGGACACAGCAGCAUGCACCUCCACCGGCCCUGGCUCCUGCUCCUGGUGUGCGUGGCUCUCUCUGAUCAAAACCCUUGGAUUUUUGAGCUCCCGAAAACCCUCUAUGCCUGGGAGGGAACUUGCGUCUGGAUUCCUUGCACCUACAUAAUCCCAAAACUCCCCAAGCAACUGAGCAACAUCACCAUGUACCUCAAUCCUGUGUACGACACUGCCAUUAAGAGCUACACUGGGACUGUCCUGUUCAACUACACGAGGAUGGAGGAGAAGCCACCUUCACAGGGAAAGGUGCUGUUCGUGGGAGACAAGCAGCAGAACUGCACGUUCAGCAUCCGUUGGUUGCAAGUGAGCGACAGUGGGGAACUGGGGAUCAGGAUGGAGACGGAGACUGACAAGUGGAUGGAGACCAUCAACCUUAAUAUCUCCAAAAAGCCUCUUGCCCCGCACAUCCAACUCCCCUCAGCUGACAUUCGCGAGUACCAGUCAGUCACUCUAACGUGCUCGGUGAAUUUCUCCUGCUGGGAGAACCCCAUCCAAUUGCAGUGGUCCCUGGAUGGGACUGUGGUCCAAGAGACCAUCGUUACCACCGAGUCGGUCUCCACCCAGAGCAAGCUCACCUUUACACCCCAGUGGACUCAUCAUGGGCAGAACCUGACCUGUCAGCUCCAGAAUGCCACGGAACCACAUGUGCUUUCUGAGGACACGGUGCGGCUGAACGUGAAGCACAUCCCACGGUUGAAGAUCGUCGAGGUCAGUCCCAGAAAUUCCACUGUCCUGGAGGAGGCAUCUGUGACCAUGACAUGCCAGGUCAUAAGCAGCAACCCAGGCUACCAUGCCAUCUCCUGGCUCCAGAAUGAGAUCCAGCUGCCAGAGCAGAGGACACUCACGCUGACUCUGCCCAAAGUGUCCAAGGAAAUGAGUGGGAAGUACCGUUGCCAGGCCUCCAAUGUGAUGGGCUCAGGAAAGUCAGAAGAAGUGACACUCAAUGUGCUGUAUGCUCCAAAAUCGUCCAAGGUUCAGAUCUACCCGCCAACAGUUAUGGAGGGAAAGCCGGUAGAACUGACUUGCAUCUCCCAAGCCAAUCCUCCUCCAACCAAUUACACUUGGUAUCACAAUGCCAAAGAAAUGCCGGGAAGGACCGAAGCGAAAAUCCGGAUCCCAAACGCUCUCCUGUUGCAUGCUGGGAGUUACUCCUGCUUGGCAGAAAGCAGUCUUGGGCGGGGACAGCCUGGCCAGGAAACUAAGCUGGACAUCCUGUAUCCGCCCAAGGAGGUGACCACAGUAAUUCAAAGCCCCACACCCAUCCGCGAAGGAGACAGUGUGACCCUGGCCUGCAGCUACAAUUCCAGCAACCCCAGCGUCUCCCGGUACGAAUGGAGGCUCCCAGGGAACAAGCCAUCAUCGUCUGAGGUGGUGACCAUCCCCAAAGUGGCCUGGGAUGCCAAGGCUGUCACCUGUGCUGCCUGCAACAACUGGUGUUCGUGGGCGCCCCUGGUGAACUUGGAUGUCCAGUACGCCCCCAGAGGGGUGAAGGUCCGGCAGCAAGUCCAGGCUGAGAUUCGUGCUGGCCAACGUGUCACCCUGCAAUGUGAAUGCUCUGGCAGCCGCCCCCAAGAAGUGCACUUCUCCUGGAAGAAAAAUGGAAGGCCUGUGCAGGAAGGAAAAGAACUGACUUUUGACUCCAUCACCCCAGAAGAUGCUGGAAGCUACAGCUGCCUGGCCAACAACUCCGUAGGACAGAGGACAUCUGAUCCCUGGACACUCCAAGUGCUGUAUGCCCCACGUAGGCUGCAGGUGAUCAUGACCCCAGGAAACUCAGUGAUGGAGGGCAAGCAGGUGGUCCUGACCUGUGAUAGCGACGCCAACCCUCCUGUCUCCCACUAUGCAUGGCUUGACUGGAACAACCAAGAGUUCUACUUUGGCCAGAUGCUGAAGCUGGAGCCAACCACUGUCCAACACUCGGGCGCCUACCGGUGCCAGGGCACCAAUCGGCUGGGCAGGGCUGAGUCACCCCCAAGAACUCUCACCAUCUACUACAGCCCGGAGACCAUCGGCAGGCGAGUGGCCGUGGGCAUCGGCUGCUCCAUGGCCGUCCUCAUCCUGACCAUCUGGGGGUUCAAGCUUCGGCAAAAAUGGAAGAGGAUCCGCAGCCAGCAGGGGGCUCAGGACAACUUCAGUGGUCAGAGCUUCUUUGUAAAGAAUCCAAAGGUUCGAAGGCCCCCACUUCCUGAAGGCUCCCAUUCCCUGGGCUGCUACAAUCCGGUGAUGGAGGAUGGCAUCAGCUAUGCAACCUUGCGAUUUCCCGAGGUGGACACAUCAAGUGCAGGAGACACAGGGACAGCUGAACUACAGAGACCUUCCCUCAGUGGCGAGGACACAGUCACUUACUCGGUGGUGCAGAAGCGCCGAGUGGCUGACUAUGAGAAUGUGCCUCCAAAUCUCCCAGAAGAUGAAGGCAUUCAUUACUCGGAGCUGGUGCGGUUUGGGACAGGGGUGCGACCCCAGGCCCAGGAAGACGUGGACUAUGUGACCCUCAAGCAGUGACACUGGAGCAGCCGGGGUGGAGGUGCCCAGGGUGGCAGGUGUCAUGGAGAUCUCAAAGCUCCCCACACUGCUGGACACUCAGCUGCUAAAUCACAGGGCCUCCUUCCAACACACACAUGCACACACUCAUACACACACGCACAUGCAUGCAUACA